UCUACCCAUGAACUUAGAAAGAGUUCCAUUUUGUUAUCAUGCUUUAAACUAGACAUUUCAACUCUAGUAAGGUUUGUUUUACUAUUUCAAGAAGUGGUAACUUGUCAUUAAUUUAACUAUCAUAAAUUGUCAUAAUCAAUCUUAGAUUAAGUUAAUUUAACUAUCACAUUUCAAGACUGAAUAAUGACUUUACUAAAUCAUUCUUCUUACUUUGCUAUCAUGUCGACUUAUAAUGAAGAGUGGCAAAAACUUAGAAGAUGGGCUGCAACUUGUAUAGCUAUGUAUGCUACAUAUGCAGUAAUUCUUGUUUCAGUUUAUCAUCGCUCAAACUAUUUGGAGAGAUCAAUCUGUAAUGAAGGAGAUUUUGAACGACAUGCUUUGAUGGAAGGACUUACACUAAUGGAUGAUGAAGAUUGUUAUAAUCAACUACGAAUGGGAAAUGAUGCAUUCGCAAGACUAGUAAACAUUCUUCAGGGAACAGGUCGUCUUAGAAAUAGUGCACAUAGUAAUAUAGAAGAACAAGUUGCCAAAUUCCUUCACAUUGUUGGUCAUAAUUUAAGGAAUAGAACUAUGAAAUUUUAUUUCAAGCGUUCUAGUGAAAUUGUUAGUCGUCACUUUCAUCAAGUUCUUAGAGCUAUAAUAUCUUUAGAUGAUGUCUUCUUAAAGCAGCCUGAUGGAUUAAAGUGUCCUCAAGAAAUCAAGGACAAUACCAAAUUUUGGACCUACUUUAAGGAUUGCAUAGGGGCGAUUGAUGGGUCACAUUUUCGUGUAAAAGUGUCAAAUGAUGUUGUACAAAGGUAUAGAGGGCGAAAGUACUAUCCAACACAAAAUGUUUUAGCAGCAUGUUCCUUUGACUUGAAGUUCACAUAUGUUUUACCUGGUUGGGAAGGAUCUGCAUCAAACUCGAGAAUCCUAGAUAAGGCAUUAAUGAGAGAUUUUGAUAAUUGAUUGUUCCACAAGGUGAUUAUUGGUGAUUAGAUAAUAAUUUAUUAGCUCAAGUGACUAUUACUAAUAACAUAGAUCCUUUAUCUAUGCUUCUUAGGUAACUAUUAUUUGGUUGAUGUGGGUUUUCAGCUAAAAACUGGAUUUCUUACCCCAUAUAGAAGCACUCGUUACCAUUUAAAAGAGUAUAGUGUUCAUCAACCAGAAAAUGCUCGAGCGGUUUUCAACCUUUGACACUCGUCCUUGAGAAAUGCAAUUGAAAGAGCAUUUGGUGUUUUGAAGAAAAGGUUUCCAAUAAUAGCUAGUGGGACGGAGCCACAUUACCCUGUUGACACACAAUCUGAUAUUAUACUAGCAUGUUGUAUCCUCCAUAACUAUCUCAUGGGUGUUGAUCCAGAUGAAAGAUUAAUAGUAGAAGUCGAUAGAGAGUUUUUUAGCGAAGAAGCGGAGUUUGAACAAUGGUCUUGAGUUAAUGCAAGGAAGGAGAAAUCUUAAGGGAGAAAAUAGCUAUGGAUAUGUGGAAAGAUUACAAUAGAAACCGUUGAUGAGUCCUUUUAUUUUAUGGUUCUUUUCUUGUAUAGUUUUUUGUGUUUCAUAUUAAGUACGGUGAUUGUAUUUAGAACUAUAACUCCUCUAGUUAAAAUCACACUUUGAAUGAGUUACAAUGAAGUUAUUAUUA